GGAGGAGAGGCCAAAACACCGUGAGAAAGUUGGCGGAAAGGCGGCGACAGCGUGAGCAACUCGAAGGAAAGGCGGAGACAGGGUGAUGAAGUGUGUGGAAAGGUGAAGGCAGCGUGAGGAAGUCGGCGGAACAGCGGAGAGAGACUGAGAUAGUCGGAGGAAGUCGAGACAGAGAAGUUGCGGUGUUACAGAAGCGAGGCUGGAGGCGGUGACCGUGAGAGGACACACCUGCGACAGCGACGAUAGCGGAGGGGAUCGAAUGCAGUGGAAGCGAGUCGACGACAACGACAACCAACCUACCGGAAGCCGUUCCGCAACACUGUUUUAGUGUAAGGUUCGUGUUUUAGAACGUCACCAAUCGAAAAGGUUUAAUCUUUGGGGGAAAAACGUUUAAUUUUUUUUUCAAGUUUGGUGCAACAUUGUUUGACAGAGUCGUUGGUAUAUUCUGGUUUGCAUUGUGGUGUCGUUUUGUAGUCUUAAUUUUGUAGUGGCAUGUUGUGGUGUUUGACAAUGUUGUGCGUUUGGAGAACACCAAAAUUUUUCAUAGCAGCACAUUUGGGGGUUUUUUAAUAUUAUGGUGGCCGAAUGUUACUGAGUUAUGGUUGGAUAUGGAAAAUAGGAAUUUUUUAUGUUUCAGGGGCUGGGCUUUGGUGUUUGAUAUUGUUGUUAUUGUUUGUUAUUUUUGGAAUUUUUUUUGGUUUCUGUAAUUAUUUGAUACUAUGUCUUUCAAGGAUGGCAGGUAAAGGACAAUCUGAUGAGAAGUGUCGGUUGCGGACCUUUUGUUACACGAAGUACAUUGUUCAAAUUAACGGCUUGCUUUUGGAUAGCCAUCGUGCAAGGCUACAAGAUACACCAUUCCAAUGGUGUUUGCAGAUAGUGAAACCGUUCCAAAUAUGUAAUCCCCUUAUGCUGGAGAUGCUGAAGCGAUGGUUACCGGCUCAGGAAUCUUUUCGUGUCAUGCAACGGUGUAUUCCAUUAAGUUGUGGUGAUAUCUCCAUGUUCUUAGGAUUGGGUGGUGUUGGGGUGGAUGUGGAAUUUGAAAAAAAUAUAUAUGGUGUUGUGGGGUCAGUUAUGAAAGAUAAAUUACCAACAGUUGAAAAUGUUAUUAAUGUCAUUAAGAGUUUGUUAGAGGGUGAGUUUGUUCAUGUUGAUAAUGUUUGCCGAUUGUAUAUUUUAGUUUGUUUUGCUGUCCUAUACUUCCCUAGGAAUUCAAGAACUAUUUGUAAUAUUCCGUUCAGUGUUUUAGACAAUAUAGAUAGGUUGUCCACUUACAACUGGGGUAAAGCAGUCCAUACGUAUCUGGUAAAAAGUUUAAGUCGUGCCUUUUUGGCACUUGGUCAAACGAAAAUCUGCUUAAGCGGCUCAACAAUAGUUUUGCAGUUGUGGGCCAUAAAACGGCUUCGAUUAUGUGCGUCAGAUGCAGAGAUUGUUUUUCCACGAAUUUUGGGCUAGACGGACUUUCAAUUAAAGAGAAGACGCGUUGAGAAGUUAUUUCAAGAGACCCAUAUUUUUUUGAAAUGGAGGUUGAGAGAAGAAGACCAUGACAAUGAAAUUAUUCGAGAAGCCUUGCAACUUGGACAUGAAGGGCAAUCUAAAAAAGCGCAUGUAGAUAACAAGGCUGCGUCGACGCAAGACUUGUUAAAGAAGCUGCGAAAACAUGGAAGACGACUACGGAAGUUGAAGAAGCACAUGACGGAAUUGCGUGAAGAAAUAUUGUCUAGAUCUUAUGUAGGGGAUGAAGAAGAUGGAGAAAAUGUUGACGAGAAGGGUGCAGAAGGUCUACACAAAGAAGCCGAUGUUGAGGUUGAGGUUGAACAGCGUGAUCAGGAGGAUGAAAUUGGUGAACGUCUUCAUAAAGGUUUUGAUUUGAACUCCGAAUCUGAUGUUGAACAGUUUGGGGAGGUUUUAGCACUUCAAGUGAUUGCUCCAUAUGAUCCACAACAGCCAUCAUUUGAUUCAUUAGGGGUUGACUUGAUGAAGUUGUACCACACUGUUACUUAUGCCCGUACUCUUUAUAGGUUGGUGGCCAAUAUAAAUGGCCAAAUUUUGGGUACCUCUAAAUGCUCUGGUUUUGCUCCUGGCAAAAUGGUGGACAAUAUGGUUGUUUUGUUCGGUGCAAGCACAAUGAUGUACUUUCAACGACGUAAAUAUGGUCAUGUCAAGCGAGUAGCUUUCAAUCCGUUAUAUGCGAGUCAUGUUCUUAACGACUCACGAAGGAUGAAGAUUAAUAGACGGCAAUGGACAUUGAAAGACUAUGAGGCUUACUUUCGUGCAGGAUUGAUUUCUGUGGAGGAUAUUGUGGAUGCUGAUUUUUUGUUUGCCCCGAUGGUGCAUGAAGGUCAUUGGUGGUGCUAUGCUGUAAAUUGUCAACAGAAGAAGCUUUAUGUCUUGGAUUCAAUUGGACAUUCCAAUAAAAAUCGCAAAAGAGUAGAUAAUGCCAUUGCUUAUAAUAUGGGAUUGCUUUUUGGUAUGCUGUUGAAAUGUGGUGAUGAAUAUCUAAUCUUUGAAGCAGAAUGCCAGAAUACUCCUAUUCAACCAAACUUGUAUGACUGUGGGAUUAUUGUUCUUCAAAUGAUGGAGUUGUGGGAUGGUCAGAAGAAAUUUGAUGGCAAUACCAUGCCUGACUACACCAAUGACCAACUACAACAGAUUAGGCAGUAAUACAUAUGGAAAUGGAUUUUAGAUGUAGACAACAUUCAGAGGCAAGAUGUGCUGCAGUAUUAUGACUUGUUAGUUAGACGUUAGGGUUUGGUUAACAUUUGACCUCAUACUGACAUUGAAUGUGAACAACAAGAUUGAAUUUAACUUUUUGUGUUGUAAUGAAGUACAUGAAUGUACAAAAUUGUUAUGUAGAUCCCUGUAAUUAUUUGAUGGGUCCCCUCUUUAACCUGACUGUUGGUCUUGUGUGCUUCAUUACAAAAUGUUAAGACUCUGUAUUUAUGUUUUA